AUGGUACUAAAGGCAUGCGAUCGAUGCUAUUCCAGUAAGGAGAAAUGUACUUUUACCGGCAACGAUCAGCAGUGUGCACGAUGUCGACGUCUCAAGAUCGCAUGCUCAACGUCGCGACGUAACAGACGCAUAGGGCGCCGACCGGCCGCAAAGGCCUUUCCUCAUGGGGAGAUGCAGGUCUGGAGCGUGGACUCGGACCAACCGUUCGGGGCGCAUCCACCACCACCGCCCACGCCGCAGCGACCGGCCUCCAUCUCCAGUGACGGAGGCCCAUCGACGGCAUCUACGAGAAGAACGUCGCUCACGCGCCGCUCCAAAUCCAAAUCUCCAUCGGAUGAGUCCGUCGAAGAAGUCCGCGACUCUUGUCGGUAUCCAACGCCGAUCAUCGCGCCGGAGAGGCUGCUGGCAUCCUCCACGAGCUUGCGCACGGCGUCGGAUGCAUUACGGACAGUAUCAGAUCCGGAGCAAUUUUCCGUCAUCCAUUUACCGUUCAUGUUGGGACCAAGCUUUGUCGCCGAGUCCCAAACCACUGUCUACCAGAUCCUACGUCUCUCGGGUCCCACGCUCACAGAAGGGUAUCUGGCGUUUCUGGGGAUGAUGACCCAGUAUCAACGAUCCCUCGUGCUCCGCCAGCAGGAGCCCGACAUGGUCAAGGCCGCCAAGGGGUUGCAACGAUUACGAGACGUCAAGAUCACCCAAGAUUACGAUGCGGCGUGCGCCCUCUUUCUGGGCCAGACCAUGUACGUAUUCAAUGUACUGACGGCGCCGCACUCUUCCUCGGCGCACGCGAUCGUGCGGAGUGCACUCAUGUCGACUAAGGCCUGGGUGCCUCGACUCGUACAUUUCCCCAUGAUGGACACCGUGCUCAUGACUCCCAUGUUGAUCGACACGGUGGAAUGCUUGGUGCGACGAGAAGUGCCCAUCAUUCGCAUGCCUGCCACCGAGCGGGUGAUUGUGGAUCGCUACGCGGGCGUCUGUGCGACCCUCCUGCCUCUCUUGUACGAUCUCUGUGUGUGUAGCCAUACCAUGCGAACCAGUGUUCUCGCCGUAGGGGAAUCACCCUCGGAGAUUUAUGAACAAUUGGCCGACGUGGAGCGCAUGAUUCUCGACUGGACACCUCCCCAGCCGUCAGAUCUGCUAGCCAAGCACGGUCAAUGGGAGGUGUUGGCGAUGAUGACGCAGGCGAAUGCCUAUCGCCUGGCGGCUUUGCUGGUGGUCCACCGACUUCGAUAUCCGCUCGGAGUCGAGGAUGAAACGGGCCGGGAUCUGGCGCAAAGUAUCUUCGCCCUCAUUUCGCAAUUUGCCCAGUCUGCCGCGCAGCAUACCUCGGCACUUCCCGUCGUGUUCCCCUUGACCAUGGCCAUGAUUGAGGUUGAAGGACCCGGCGAAGAGAUCUGGGAGCAGCUCUCCCUCUUUGCGGUACAAAGCUCGAGCGCCACCCGGUUGCGAGGAUUCAUCAAACAGGUUCGUGGCUGUAGGGAAAGUCAGUACGAGGGUCUGUGGUUUGAUUUGGUCGAUACCCAGCUCGAUGUUGCCAUGCCUCCAUGA